ACAGAUGCAGUUGUCUUGUUCAAAAAAUUGGUGAGGGAGAAGAUCUGUGAGCCCAACGAAAUCAUGCAUGGAACCGUCAUGAAUGGACUCAGCAAAAGGGGACAUACUGAGAAGACUUUAAGUUUGCUUUGUUUAAUGGACCAAGGGAACACUAAGCCCAACAUAUAUAUCUACAGCAUCGUCAUAGAUGCCUUCUGCAAAGAUAGAAACUUAGAUGCUGCUAUCAGCAUUCUGAAUGAGAUGAAACGGAAAGGCAUUCCUCUGGACAUAGUCACAUAUAGUUCAUUAAUUGAUGGUUCGUGUAAGCUUGGUCAGUAGGAAAAGGUGAAGACAUUGUUCUCUGAGAUGGUGAAUCUUAAUAUUUAUCCAAAUGUGCUCACCUUCAGCAUACUAAUAGAUGGACUAUGCAAAGAAGGGAAAGUCGAAGAUGCCGAGGAAGUAAUGAGGCACAUGAUAGAAAAAGGUGUAGAGCCUAAUAUAAUCACCUACAGUGUGAUAAUGGAUGGAUAUUGUUUGCGUGGUCAAGUGGAUAGAGCAAGGAGAGUUUUUGAUAUAAUGAUUGAUAAGUGCAUUGAGCCUGAUAUUUUUAGCUAUAACAUACUAAUAAAUGGAUACUGUAAGACAAAGGAAGUGGCCAAGGCCAUGCAAUUGCUUGGUGAAAUUUCUCAAAGGGGAUCAAAGCCGGAUAUUGUUAUCUACAAUACUAUCCAGCAGGGUCUGUUGGAUGUUGGAAGAAUUGGCGAUGCAAAAAAAAUUUAUGCCAAGAUGCUAUCUAGGGGGCCUGUACCUAAUUCAUCCACUCAUCGUACAUUGCUCAAAGGUUAUUUUAGGUACGGACUUGUUGAAGAAGCUAUGUCACUCUUUAAUAAGUUGAAAAUAAAUUGAGAAGAUACCGAUAUUGAACUUUACAAUGUUGUCAUUAAUGGAUUGUGCAAAAAUGGUAAACUGGAUGAAGCUCAGUCUGUUUUUGAGAAUCUUUCUUUGAUUGGAUUGCCUCUGGAUGUGAGAACAUACAAUACAAUGAUAGCAGGAUUUUGUCUACAAGGAUUGUUAGAUGAAGCUAAAAGUAUGC